AUGACGACAAAGAUCAACUCCUCAAUAGCGCACAGAGAAAUUAUUUAUUCACACUGGCUGAUAUUUGGACCCCUCUCAUGUCCCGUAGCAUUUCUCGGUUUCAUAGGAAAUCUGCUCACUCUCCAAACAUUAUCACAACCACAGCUUACCUGUAUAAAUUCCAGUGUCUUCCUGAAAUUUCUCUCUGUCGCUGAUGCUGCUUUGAUAUUUUUCUACUUUAUCAGCUUUAAAGUGAAUGAUUGGAUGGAUAAUUCUGUAUACUACAAAGUCAUCUACCCCUUAGCUCUAAUUUCUCAAACAUCUUGCGUUUAUACAGUGGUUCUUUUCUCUAUUGUCAGAUAUAUAACAAUCUGUCAUCCAUUUGGGCUCCAUUCUUUCCGAACUCGGCGACUUGCCAAAAUAAUGGUGAGCUGUAUCUUUGCAUUUGCUGUAAUUUGCAAUCUUCCUCGGGUCUUUGAGCAUAUUCCUCUCAAACUUCGCAUUUUUAAUUCCACCUGCAAUUGCGAGAUAAUAGAAGAAACACGUCUCGGAGAACAGGAUUUGUACGUCAAGCUCUAUGUUUCAUAUGGGUAUACUUUUGGGAUCUUUGUGAUCCCAGUGGGUAUUGUCUCUGUUCUAAACGCCCGAUUAGGAAGUCUCUUACAUCGGGUUCGGCAAGAAUUUGCUGAAAAGAAGGAUGAUAACCAGGAGAGAAGUAGCACUCCUUUUAAUAUCAGGCGAGAUCAAAAUCUCAGCAUUUUACAAGAUGGUCGAUCGGAACUUUCAGAAAUACCAUUUCGUGGGCUACGUGGGUCAGUAAAAGAUAAGUCAAACGUUCGAAUGACUCAUGCUAGAGCAAGGGUCACUGGCCGACUAUUUUGUCUGGUAUCUGUCUUUAUCGCCUUUCAAUCAUUGCCCAUGAUUGACAACCUUAUCAUUGCAUUUAUGAGUGAGCCGAAGGAAACUAUACCAAACUAUGAUGAUUUUUAUGCUAUAUGUCAGUUUUCGGUUCUGGUGAAUUCUUCCAUAAACACGGUGCUUUACUGCUUCUUGGGUCAACGAUUCCGAGCGACAUUCAGAAAAAUGAUCCACCGAUGGCAAGAUGAUUGUUAUGCUUGCUUUAAACUUGUGAGUUGUCAACUAUGCUCAUUAUCAAAAUAG